UACACAUGGGCUACGGUUGCUAUGGUGGUAGUCGACACUGGUGAAGAAGAGAGAGAGAGAGAGAGAAAGAGAAGGUGAAACAAAGGGACUGCAUCGAAUCAGGAGAAACCCCAAAAGGAUCACGAAAUAUCUGUGACUUUGAUUUCUUCUGCUGAUUCCUUUUUUCUUCCUAAACCCCACCUCAUCUUCUUCUUCUUCUUCAUAUCUUCUUCUUCUUCUUGUUGCUAUCAUUCUUCUGCCUUCUUCUCUGUACUUUGUCUAUAAAUACCACCCACCAUUUACGUUCAUUGCAGCAUACACCAUACCAUACACAUCUCGUGUGUCUCUCUGCUUCCUUCUUUAUUGUUCUUGUCAGAGGAUUGUUUCAUUUAUUGCUCUCUUUCUCUCCUCUUUUAUUGCCAUCUCCCUUUACUUUUCUUUUUUCCCUCUCUAUCUGUUUUUUAUUUUUUGAGUGUUGAGUGGAAGCCAUGGAUGCUGCUUCUUCUUCUUCAGCUAACGACAUGAUGGUUAUGGAUUAUGGGGAUGAACCCCAUGUUCUUGCCGUCGACGAUAAUCUCAUUGACCGCAAGCUCAUUGAGAAAUUGCUCAAGAACUUCUCUUGCAGAGUGACCACUGCAGAAAAUGGGCUGAGGGCUUUGGAGUAUCUGGGUUUGGGUGAUAAUCAACAGACCAGCCACAAAGCCAGUGUUUCAAAGGUGAAUUUGAUAAUUACAGACUACUGUAUGCCAGGAAUGACAGGCUAUGAGCUGCUCAAGAGAGUCAAGCAGUCAUCCAUCUUGAAGGAGGUUCCAGUUGUGAUAAUGUCAUCAGAAAACAUCCCAACUCGAAUCAAUAAGUGCCUGGAGGAAGGAGCUCAAAUGUUCAUGCUAAAGCCCCUCAAGCAGUCUGAUGUGAAGAAACUAAGAUGUUACUUGAAGCACAGAAGCUAAACACAUUUUUUCCCUAGAAAAUUAAGCAAGAAAAUCCAUCCCUAGGGGCAGGACACCUUUUCCAUACACAGUAGUAGUAGUAGACUAGUAGUAGUAGUAUUACCCCCGCGCCCCCCCCACAAAAAAAACCCACAAUCCCUGCAUAAUUGUAUGAGAAUAGUUUCAAUGAAUGAAUAUUCUUGUUUGGUGGCCUUCAACUCAAAGUUAUCUUUUUCCUGCUCUGUUGGUUAGGCGAGAGAAUAUAUUCUAGUAUGAGAAAACCCACCAUUGUUCUUGUUAGUUUGACAGUUCAAACUGGUUCCCCCCUUUUUCUUUAUCCUUUUUGUUCUUCAUCAAUCAUCAAUGGAGACAGUGUUGCCAUAUUCGAUCCCCCCUAACAUUAAAGUAGUAUUCAAUGAACCGUAUGAUCAUUCAAUGCUAGUGAAAAUGAGAAUCUAAUGUCGUCAAUCAAAACCCCAAUGAACACAAACAGCCUGUUAACAGAGACAUUAUUUUAAAGAGAGAAAAGAAUAAACUUUGGAAGAUUCCAAUUGUUUUUCUUUUUUUCUUCUUCUUCCUCUACAAGUUUCUUGAUCUUUUUCUCGUGUUUUCUCAGCAACCAAUCAAAUUGAGGGUACGGGAGAAUCAAACACAAAAAAAGAGGAAAUCAAACAGGUUGGAUCAGAAUGUUUGAAUUGAUAAAUUCAGAAAUGCCUAUGGUGGUGGUGCCUGCAAUCAUCCCACCCAAAGCAUUGAAUUAUGGGGUAACAACUCACAAACAAGCAUCUCCCGAUCCCUCUAAACGUAGCCGAAACCCAAAAAAAAGGGCAGCAGCAGCUUCCCAGAAGCGAAUCGCCUCUUGGCCUGCUCCUUGAAGACCGCUCACUGCCAUGAUGAUGAUGAUCAACCAUGCUCUUCCUUCACCAAAACCACCUAAAAUAACAAACACCCAAAACAUACAUCAAAAUUAGAACACCCCAUAUGCCCCAAUCAAUCCAUGGAAUGAUCAACCAAUAAAUCACAAACACCCAGAAGCAAUACAUCAAAAUCAAGCCAGCCCAAAUGCUCCAAUCAACCAAUGCAAUUCAAAAGAAAAGAAAAAGAAAAUCUCCAUAUGUUUACCUUUCACUCCUAAUGAUUGAUGCUUGGGAAGGUGAGACUCAGAGAAACCAGAAAAACAGCAUGGUCAGAUGAGGAAAAGCCCUUUUGGAUCAAGCCCAGAAGCAGGGGGUUUGUCAC